AUGUUAUUGCUUGAUGGUUGUUUUGUGGUUGAGUUUAUUCGAGAGUGUUCUGAAAUAUAUCCAGAAGAAGAAAACAAAAUUAUCGAUUUUGUUGAUUACAAAUAUAAUCAACUACUCCGAGACUUGUUGUUACUAGAAAACCAACUUCCUUUCUUUAUACACAAAAUCCUUCAUUUAAUGACAGCGAAAACUGAUGAAUUACCAUUGGUGAUAUGAAACAUUUACUUGAAGUAGUACACGUUGUUUCAUGUCCGAGGAAUUCCGAUGAGAAAUGGGCAAUCGACAAUGAGACCAAGUGGAAUAAGGUCAUGCCAAAUGCAACAGAGCUUUCCGAAGCUGGAGUUAGAUUUUACUGAAACCCUCCUGGGAAAUUUCAUUGCUUAUGAGCAACAAUCAACUGAUUUACAAUAUUUAUAUUUCAGUGAUUAUGCAAUUUUUAUGGAUCAUCUUAUCGACUCAGAUAAAGAUGUGAGUUUGCUUCGCCGUAAAAAAAUCAUAGCAAACUGGAUAGGAGAGGACAAAGAAGUGGCUAGCCUCUUCAACAAAAUCGGAAAUGGGGUCACUACAUAUUCCAACUUCUAUUACAGAAAAGUAUUCUUAGAAGCAGCUAAACAUUGUGAUGAAAAACCAUGGAACAGAAAGAUGGCAAGUUUGAAGCAUAAUUAUUUUAGUAGUCCUUGGGUAGGAGCUUCAACUAUGACAGCCGUCAUACUCCUCAUACUCACAGCUAUACAAACUAUUCUAGCUAUCAUAAGCGCCUUUAAAGACAAGGGGAGGAAAGUGGAUCAUUUGAUCGAGAUUAAGGAAACAAAUGGUCAAGAUCAAUUAGUGUUACAAACUAUGAAAUCCGCAAAUCAAAUCUUUGAUGAAAAAUUUAAGUAUUUGGACAAUACAUGUAUCAAAUCCGCGACCAUAUUUAGAGUAAAUAUGGGAUUACGAAAAUCAAAUCCAGAUGCUUAUACACCAAUGUUGAUCUCCAUUGGUCCUUACCAUAAAAGGAAUCAUGAACUUAGUUCGAUGGAGAAGUACAAAUUGUUGUACCUACAACGAUUUCUCCAACGAAAAGAGGGGCUUGAUGUUGAAAGUUGCAUUAGUGCAUUGGAGAAAAAGAAAGAUGAAGCACUAAAAUGUUAUGAUGAUAACCUUGACAAUGAUAUUGUUGACAAGUUUUCAGAAAUGUUGUUGCUUGAUGGUUGUUUUGUGGUUGAAUUUAUUCGAGAGUACUAUGCAACUGAGGAAAAAGAAGAAGAAGAAGAAGACAACGACAACAUCAUCAACUUGGAAUGGAUGAAGAAACAAAUAUGUCGAGACAUGGUGUUACUAGAAAAUCAACUCCCUUUCUUUGUACUUACCAUGCUUCAUGACAUGACAAAGCAUCAUAAAGAAGUGAGCUUCUUGUAUAUGGUGAGAAAAACCUUACUUGAUACUUUCCCAAAGGCAAAAUUCAUACCCCCAUCAGAAAUUCACAAUUUUAAUACAGAACGAUUCAAUCAUUUAGUUCAUGUAAUACACAUGUGUUGUCGACCAUCAGAUCAUCAUGAUGGUAUGAAAGAUAAACAAAACAAAAAUGCUAGCACACCAAAAGAAUGUUGCAAGAUAACAUUUUGUGACAACGUUUUCCAAUUAACCAAGUCAAAAAAAACUCCCAAAGUCCUUGGUUUAUGGGAUUGCUAUCAUAUUCCAAGUGUAACAGAGCUUUACGAUGCUGGAGUUAGAUUCAUAAGAAUAGGAAAUGUGCAAGAAAAGGAGGAUAAAACUGUUGGAUUAAUAACAAAAACAACAUUAUUCGAUAUCAAGUUUGAGAAGGGAUUAAUGAAAAUUCCUUGUUUUGCAAUCGAGGAUACUAUGGAAACCUUCAUGAGAAAUUUGAUAGCUUAUGAGCAACAUUACUCUAAAGUAGAUGUAUAUCCUUUUUUUUCAAACUACGCACAUAUAAUGACUCAACUUAUUGGCUCACAUAGAGAUGUGAAGUUUCUUCGCAAAGAGAAAAUCAUCCUUAAGGACAUAGGGGAUGACAAACAAGUGGCCAGCAUUUUCAAGAAACUUUCAGAUGGGGUGGAAAUCACAAGCUUUUAUUACAUAAAAGAAUGCAGCAAAUUGAUUCAACAUUGUGAUAAGCCAUGGAGUCAAACGAAGGCUAGUUUAAGGCACAACUAUUUCUUGAGUCCUUGGGUAGGAGCUUCAACUGUGGCAGCUAUAACACUUCUUGUACUCACUGUUAUACAGACUGUUCUGGCUUUUACUGGUGACUUUAUGAAGUAA